ACAGAGCCAGUAUCGCGCGAACCAUGGGAGGGGAGAGGUGAUGCCGUGCCGCCCGCUCACUGUGUUUGGAGACCAUUUCUGUUGUGCCCUUUUACUUUUAAUGAAUGUAACGCUUUAAGUAACAAACAUGGGAAGUGCUGACAGCAAGUGCAUUGGGGAGCGGGGAGGGGACCAGCAGCCAGUGAGGAAUAAUGGCGUGUACUGUACAGGAGGAGGAGGAGGAGGAGGUGGUGGUGGUGGUGGUGGUGGUGGAGCAGCGCUGACAAAGGACAAGUUACCUAUGCCGGACACUGAUGAGCUGGAACGUCGCUUCACCAAAGUCCUGGCAUCCAUGGACUUGCCACCGGACAAAGCCAAACUGCUCAAACAGUACGACGAUGUCAAGAAGUGGGACAUGAUUUGCGACCAGGAGCGAGUGAGUGCCAAAGAUCCGCCCUCGCAUUACCUCAACAAACUCAAGACAUACCUCGACCCCAAGGCUUCCAGAUCCAGCAGAAAGCGGAAAAUGGUUGGCGAUUCGACAUCGACACAGGUUUUGAGGGACCUUGAAAUAUCCCUGAGAACGAAUCACAUAGAGUGGGUGAGGGAGUUCUUGAGUGAAGAGAACCGGGGAUUAGAUGUGCUGGUGGACUACCUCACCUUCAGACUUAUGAUGCUCAGACAUGAGCAGAGGCUAAGGGAGAGUCUGGAGGAAGAAGAUGACAUGAGGAAUCUCAAUGGCCAGCUCAAGACAUCAGUGGAGAGGGACUCCCCAAGGAUGAAGAGAGCAUCACGCCAUGUCCAGAAGUUGAACAUGGGAGACUCCAAAGAUGAUAUUCAUGUGUGCAUUAUGUGUAUGAGAGCCAUCAUGAAUAACAAGUAUGGAUUCAACCUAGUGUUUGAACAUCGAGAGGCCAUAAGCUGUAUUGCUCUCAGCUUGAACCACAGAAGUUUACGGACAAAGGCACUAGUGUUGGAGUUGCUAGCUGCAAUCUGCCUUGUGAAGGGAGGUCAUGAGAUCAUCCUCAAUGCCUUCAACAACUUCAAGGAUGUGUGCUCCGAGACCCAACGCUUCCAGACCCUCAUGGCGUAUUUCAUGAACUAUGAGUGUUUCCAUAUUGAAUUUAUGGUGGCAUGCAUGCAGUUUGUCAACAUUGUGGUACACAGUGUCGAUGACAUGAACUUCCGAGUCCACCUCCAAUAUGAAUUCACUCAACUUGGUAUUGACGAAUUCCUGGAAAAACUGAGGCAUCAUGAAAGCGAGGAAUUACAGAUUCAAAUUUCAGCAUAUCUUGACAAUGUAUUUGAUGUGGCAGCCUUGAUGGAAGACAGUGAAACCAAAACAGCAGCUUUAGAGAGGGUGGCUGAACUGGAAGAUGAACUUGCACUUAUGGCAGAGAAAAUGUCAGAGAUGGAGGCUGAGUCCCUGGCCAAGAUGGUGGAGCUGGAAGGUGAGCUGGUAGAACUAAGGAAACAAAAAGAAGACCUGGAGAACAUGAACUCUAAGGUUCAAGAAGAGGUGUCCACCUUGCGCCGGGAAGUGAGCCAGAAAAGUGAAGAAUCCCGUCAGAGACAAUCACUCCUUGAAAAACAAAUUCAAGAAUUAGAAAAUCUUGCCAAUUCAUCUUCUGCUCAAGCAGGUGUGAAAUCUGGAAAAGAAAGUACUGGAGGUGCCCCUCCCCCUCCUCCUCCUCCACUACCUGGCAUGGCUCCUCCUCCUCCUACACCAUGUGCACCUCCCCCACCUCCUCCACCCUUGAUGGGAUCUGGUCCACCUGCCCCACCAAAACUACCCAUUGGCAUGGGUGGUUUCCAUGUUCCCCCGGCGCCAGGUUCCUUGGCUGCCCCGCCAGACUCCAUGACGAUAAAAAAGAAAGUCAAUACAAAAUACAAGUUGCCAACAUUGAAUUGGGUUGCUCUCAAGCCCAACCAAGUCCGAGGAACAAUCUUCAACGAAUUAGAUGAUGAGAAGCUCUUCAAUGUUAUUGACUUCUUGGAGUUUGAGGAACACUUCAAGAUUGGACUCGGAGGUGGUACUGGAAAAGCCAAUGGUAAUGUGUCAGAGGUUGACUCUUUCCAUACGUUUGGAAGUAGACGCAAGAAAGAGUUGACCUCCCUAAUGGAACACACACGCUUAAGAAAUAUUGCCAUCUCUAGAAGAAAACUGGACCUUCCGUUUGACAUGGUUAGUCGAGCAGUGAACUCCCUAGACUUGAAAACCUUGAACCUGGAGAGUGUAGAGCUGAUGCAGAGGAUGGUGCCCACAGAUGUAGAGAUCAAGGCCUACCGUGAAUAUGAGCGAGAGCGCAAGCCAAUCAAUCAGCUAACUGAGGAGGACCAGUUCAUGCUUAAUCUCAGUAAAAUCGACAGACUGUCCACCAAGCUUCAAAUCAUGAGCUUUAUUGCAAACUUCCAUGAUAACAUUCAUAUGGUGACCCCACAAAUCCAUGCCAUUAUCACAGCUUCAAGAUCUGUCAAAAAUAGUGCCAAAUUAAGGAAAUUACUGGAAAUCAUACUUGCUUUUGGAAAUUACAUGAACAGCAGCAAGAGAGGUCCUGCAUAUGGAUUCAAGUUGUCAAGUUUAGACACUCUUUGUGACACCAAAUCUGCAGACAAGAAGAUGAGUCUGCUUCACUACAUCCAAGACACUGUUCGCAUGAAGUUCCAUGAUCUCAAUAAUUUUGAUGCAGAGCUGAGAUUUAUUGAAAAGGCUGCCCAAGUAUCCCUUGAGAACAUCAUGACUGAUGUGAAUGAGCUAGAGAAGGGAAUGGAGCAGGCUAAGAAAGAGAAUGAUCGUCACCGAGACAUGAGAAGCGCUGAGGGACAGGCAGCCCUGGCAGUGUUAAGGGACUUCCUUAGCAACUCAGAGGACAAGUUACGCAAGUUGCGAGCAGAAACCAAGACUGCCCAGACUGCCUUUGCAGAAGUGUUGGAGUACUAUGGGGAGAGCUCAAGGAGCAUGGCCCCCAACACCUUCUUUGCCAUAUUUUUGCGGUUCACCAAAGCUUAUAAGACGGUGGAGCAGGAGAAUGAGCAGAGGCGGCGUCUGGAGGCUGCAAGUCGACAGGCAGCAAUCAACCAGCAGUUGGCUCAGCAGCAGAAGCAGCAACAGGAGCAGCAACAAGUGAACCGCAAUAACAAAAUUAAUGUGCGCAAGCAGCAGGCAUAUGGAGGCGAGGAGGCCAUCAUGAGUGAGAUGAAGGCACGAGGAGUGGUGGCUGACAAACGUUUGUUGUCCCAGGAAGAUGUGUAUCAUGGGGCACUUGAGGAUAUUCUUAGUGGCCUUAAGAAUGAACCAUAUCGCCGGGCUGAUGCAGUGAGGAGGAGUCAACGAAAAAGAAAUGAAAAUGUUCGAUUAUCUCGAACGUUGGAUGACAUGGAGUUUUAGAGGGUCUAUUGUGGUUCAUGUACAGUGAAAGAAAUUUAUGUGCAUCUUGCUGUUUAGAUGAUUAGUCUGUUGUUGUCAUUUAUACAGCAGUCUGGUGUCCAAAUCUUGUAGUGAUGGAAUGGGGUAGUGACUAGUGAUAUGUCUUUCCAUUUGAAUGUGCAAAAUGCUGAAUGGUGAGAACAUUGAGUCUCUCUCUCUCUCUCUCUCUCUCUCUCUCUCUCUCUCUCUCUCUCUCUCUCUCUCUCUCUCUCUCUCUCUCUCUCUCUCUCUCUGUUCCAAACAUUCUUUUCAAUUUUAUUCUUCAUUUUAUUAGACUUUAUUUAAAAAUCUCUGGCAUAUUGAGAAAAAAGUGGAAUAUUGUGUGAUAAACUUUAACUGUUCAAGAUUCAAUAUGUGUAACUUUACCAAAAAUUUUUAAUCAUUAGAUAUUUAGUCCUAAUUAUAUAUCUAUUUACUGAAAGCACAAAAUUCCAAACUUUUGUUGUGAAAUAAAUCAAUGUAACAUUAAGCAUAUGGCCAGUAAUCAGUGUCAUUGAAUAUCCUUUCCUAAUGUGCUGGAAAGUUUUGAGUUGGAAAUUAAUGUUUGACUAUUGCCAUCCUUGAGAAAAUCCUGUUCUUUUUUAUUUGUUAAGGAAAUUGGCUCCAAUUAGUGUUUAGAUUAUAGAAUGGUAAUGCCAUUUUUAUACUGAAUUAUAUAUCAACAUGUUUUUUUUUUUUUUUUUUUAUUAUUAUUAUUUUCAGUGUGAAUGAACAUUGGUCUCCUCAGUGGCAGGCCAGGUAAUUGUGAUGCAGAAAACAUUUCUUUGUAUGUAUAUAUGUAUAUAUUUAUAUGUAGAAUAUUAAAGAUACACCAAAAAUAUAGAUCUGACAAACUAUUUUAUAUACAUAUAAGUAAACAUAUUUAUUUGUGUAACCCAUGACUUUGCAAUCAGAAGUUUGCAGAAACCCACUUAUUUCAUUCUUAAACAGAACUGUUUAUAUUUUUUUGUUUCUUUUCUUUUGAAGUUAAAGCAUAUUUUCUGUUGCUUAUCAAAAGAGAAAGAGCAUUUUAUUUGAUGGGUUCCUCUGGAUUACUCAGCUGAAAUUUGUGAUAGUUGCUCUAGGAAACAAUAAGUUCUUGCUGUUCUUCAGAUGAAAGUUAUGAUUAUUUCUAAGGAAUAGUUAUUUGCUGCUGUUCCUUAUUGAAUACCUUAAUUCAGUUUCAUUAUAUUUUUUAUGGACUUCCAGUAGGUAACUUCAACAGCAUGUACACAGAGUUGCAGCCUUUCUAUAGAUUCUGUUGGUGUAUGGCAACUCAGUUACUCAAGAUAAGUGGUAGUUUGUUUUAUCUAUGUUUCAUUUUACCAUGAUAACUUUUUUUUGGUAAGACUUGCCCUUUCCUAUACCUGUAAGAAAGGAUGCAAGAUAGAACAAGAACAAACUUUGCUUAUUUCUUCCUUCUCAAUGGAAAUAUUGAGAGGUAAGAUCUCUAGCUUUCCAAUCUCUUCUGUUUUUCUCUUCACUACAACAUACAAAAAAAUUUAAUGUAUUCUGUAUUCUAUUUUUUUUUUUUUUUUUUUUUUUUUAAGUACAUUUUUAUGACAUACCAAAGUUUAAAUGACAUUUCUUAAGCUUACUUCUGGCUUAAUUUCCUUAAUUUGUUAUUUCAAAAACAGAUUCUUAGUUUCUGUUGAUACCUUUUUUCAGUUGAUUCUAGGUAGCCAAGCAGCACAUACCAUUUUUAUAAGACUGCUAUUAAAUCUUUGAAGAUUUGUGUUUUGUAGUUCUUUAGUGCUAUCUAUAUUUGUAUAAUGGGUAGUGAAGUGAAUUGUUGACUUGCUAAUUACAUAUGAAGCUGUAAACCCACCCAUUCAUACACAGAUAGCAAGUCUCCUGCCAACAUGACUCUAGCAUAGCAAAGAAGUAUGUAAUGAACAAUGAUGUGAUUCUGUAUAGAAAAUCAAGUGAAAGAAAGAAGUUUUCUUUGUUAAUUUCUGACACGAAACUAAAACUGAUCAAAAUAAUAACCACAGGGUAACUGAAACUGAUCUGAUCAGCUCACCAAAAAGUCAUGAGCACAGAGUAUGGAAGUCAGUUCAGCAAUAUUUACCAUAUAUAAGAGUGGUUCUAUGGUUGUGAUGAGUCCAGUGCUUUGUUUGCUUUCUCUGCAUACUGUUUUAGAUAGAAAGUUCAUAUAUGAAAAGGUAUGACUGACUUUUUGAGGCACCUACCCCUGAAAAAGAAAUAAUAACUAAAAUUCUUUGGGAAGUGUGAACAUGUUAACUUGUUUUUCUACACACAUCAUUUAACAAAAAGAAAUUAUAUAUAUAUAUAUAUAUAUAUAUAUAUAUAUAUAUAUAUAUAUAUAUAUAUAUAUAUAUAUAUAUAUAUAUAUAUAUUUCUUGCACUUACUCUAUAAAAGUUUCUUUGCCACCGGCUAGUGAUCUGUGAGUUUCUAUUGUUAAGUUAUAUUCACCCCAAAAAAAAUGUUAAGUGGCAGCAUAAGAACAAACUGAUGAUUCUAUAAAGAAAAUUGUAUUAUGUGAAUGUUCCGUUAACUUGAUUGGGCAUUAUCACUCUAGGAUGUCAGAACAGAAGCAGCUGAGCUGAUCUUCUCACAAAUAUGAGUUAAGGGUUGAAUAUGUAGAGAAUUGAACUGCAAAGCCUGUGCCUUAUCAUUAAUUACUGAGAAAUCCAAGUGCCUUGUUUAAUUAAUAUUGUUUUAAUACAUGUCCUUUUAUACUUUUAGUAAACUAUUUUUGAUCCUUA